AUGCCAAACGAAGCUCGGCAACGCAAGCCGAAAGAUACUCCUGAAUCGCCGUCCAAGAAACCGCCCAGCGACGAGAAAUCAAAGGGCCCCUCUCAACCACCGGGAGCAUGUGGAGAAGUCUUCAGCAAAUUUGUCGACAGCUUCAAUGCUGCGCUAAAUUCGGUCGUGGAUGAACCAGCCGUCUGUUCGACUCGAAGACUGAAGGCCCUUACGAUUGAAGGGGUGGCCGAGUACAUAAAAAAGGAGAAACCGAAGAACAUUAUUGUGAUGUCGGGAGCGGGCAUCUCAACCUCAGCUGGGAUUCCUGAUUUCAGAUCGCCAGGCUCGGGCUUGUACGAUAAUCUGCAAAAAUAUAAACUCCCCCAUCCGCAAGCCAUCUUCGAGAUUGACUUCUUUGAUGAGAAUCCAGAGCCCUUCUUCACACUUGCACGAGAACUUUUCCCCGAACGAUUAAAGCCAACCGUGUGUCAUCAAUUCGUCAGCUUGUUGGAUAAAAAGGGGUUAUUGCAACGUUGGUAUACACAGAAUAUUGACUCCUUGGAGUACCUGACCGGGAUAUCAGAGGAUAAAGAUUUUCCAAAAUGCGAUUUGCUGCUAAUUUUGGGGACAUCAUUGGUGGUCCAGCCUUUUGCAUCUAUGGCGCAUGAGGUGGACAGUGAAUGUCCGCGUCUUUUGGUGAACUUGGAGGAGGUCGGGAGGAGCAGUCGAGCGGAGGAGAGAAUGGGCAUCCAAGGGUUGUGCUACGGAAAACAUGGAAACUCUAGGGAUGUUUUUUGGAAGGGCACCUGCGACGACGGGGCCCGGAAACUGGCGGAGCUGCUAGGCUGGGACGCGGAAUUGGAAAUACUCGUCGAGCAAGCACCGACCUUACUGCCUACUCGAAAACAG